GCAUUGUGACGUCAGGCCGCGCGGCCGGGCUGGACCAGGCGGCGGCUUGCGGAGGAACCUCCAGCCUCGUCGCGCGGAUCCCCGCCGCCCGCCGGCCUCGCCGCCGCCUCCCUCGCUCCCUCAGCGCGCCCAGCGCGGGCCAGAGGCCGGGGCGGAGCCGGCGGGCCGGGGCGGAGCCGGCGGGCGGCGGCGGCGCCGGGGUCUAUAUGGCGGCGGCUCUGUCGGGCCUGGCUGUCCGGCUGUCGCGCUCGGCCGCCGCGCGCUCCUAUGGGGUCUUCUGCAAGGGGCUGACCCGCACGCUGCUCAUCUUCUUCGACCUGGCCUGGCGGCUGCGCAUCAACUUCCCCUACCUCUACAUCGUGGCCUCCAUGAUGCUCAACGUCCGCCUGCAGGUCCACAUCGAGAUCCACUGAUGGACGGCACCCCUGCCUGGCAGCGCCCUUGGCUGGAGAGUGCGCAGCAUGAGGGAUGGUGACGCAACGGCGGCCAAGGGGGCCGCUGCCCGGGACUGGGCAGAUCACAGCACCUGGAGCUCACGGCCGCCGGAGCCCUGCCCAGCGCAGCCACCUGACCCCGCCCGAGGAUGUGCAACCCCUGGAGCAUCACUGCUGGAAACCACAGCCACAGGCCGAGAGGACAGCCCCCAGGCGCUGUGUCCACGGUGGGUGGUGGGAAGCCACCCGGUGUCCACGCCCACUCUGAGCCUGACUGGGGGUCCCAGGCCCCAUGCUGGAGUGCCCUGCAGGGUCAGGGGGGCUCCGAGGAGGGGCCUGCUGGGGGGCCACAGGGACAGUGUGGCCCCGGAGAGCCAGGUUGGGCAGACACGGAUGGAACUGGUGGCUUUGGGGGUCCACGCCCCUGGGGCUCUUGCCAAGGGGUUGUGCUGAGCUGGGCCUGCUCGCUGCGCCUGUGCCCCUCGGCCGAGAUGGCGACACCUGGCUUCGCUCAGGCCACCGCUUCCCACCGUCUCAGCAACGCCUGUGCCCUGCCCUGCUCUGUGUCACCAGACAGUGAAAGUCACCUCUGGAGAGCUGGUGAUGAAGGUGCGGGAGGGACUGCUGAGCGCCUCUCAGUUCAGCUCCAGAGAUGUCGGGGGUCAGGUGACCAUCUUUCAAGGAGAGCGUGAUCUGCCCUGGACGGACACUGGCCCAGAGCACAGCCUCCCCUACCCCCGUCAGGGUCUCCCGGAGAGCACCAUAGCUGCGGAUGGCCAUGUCUCGGGGGGGGGGGGGUUGUCAGCCGGCCCCUGGGUGCCCCCCAAGCCUUGCUGAGAAUGGGGUGCCCUCCCUUAGGCCAUCUGCGGCCACCCCCUCCACGGCCCAGUGGCCUCGGCCCUUCCCCAGCUGGGGCCCUCUCUGGCAGGGCGCCCCUGAAGUAUGAAGAGUUUGCAGCUCCAUGAGGGAGCUUCCCGCCACAAUGCCUUUGAUGGUGGACAGAUGGACGGACAAAGGUCACGGAAGGAAGAGUCUCCCCACCUGAGCCCCCAGGAUGCCAGAGUCGCCUGUGCUGGAUGACUUGACUGGGACCAUGCGGAGGUGGGGCCUGGGGCCCCCAGGACAAGGAGUAAAGCUGGCCCAGGGUUCAAUAAACGUCGUGUUUCCGCUUGCA